AUGAACAUCGUGGUGGAGUUCUUCGUGGUCACUUUCAAAGUGCUGUGGGCGUUCGUGCUGGCCGCGGCGCGCUGGCUGGUACGGCCCAAGGAGAAGAGCGUGGCCGGCCAGGUGUGCCUCAUCACGGGCGCGGGCAGCGGCCUGGGCCGCCUCUUCGCUCUGGAGUUUGCCCGGCGCCGGGCACAGCUGGUUCUCUGGGACAUCAACACGCAGAGCAACGAGGAGACUGCAGGCAUGGUUCGUCACAUCUACCGGGACCUGGAGGCGGCCGACGCCGCUGCUCUGCAAGCUGGCAAUGGUGAGGAGGAAAUCCUGCCCCCGUGUAACUUGCAGGUUUUUACCUACACUUGUGACGUGGGAAAGAGGGAGAAUGUCUACCUAACAGCUGAAAGGGUCCGCAAGGAGGUCGGUGAGGUCUCGGUCCUGGUCAAUAAUGCCGGUGUGGUUUCUGGACAUCACCUCCUGGAAUGCCCUGAUGAGCUCAUCGAGAGAACCAUGAUGGUCAACUGCCAUGCACACUUCUGGACCACUAAGGCCUUUCUUCCCACGAUGCUGGAGAUUAAUCAUGGCCACAUUGUGACGGUCGCGAGCUCCUUGGGGUUGUUCAGCACUGCUGGAGUUGAGGAUUACUGUGCCAGUAAAUUUGGAGUUGUGGGUUUUCACGAAUCUCUGAGCCAUGAGCUAAAGGCUGCUGAAAAGGAUGGAAUUAAAACAACUUUGGUCUGCCCUUACCUUGUAGACACGGGCAUGUUCAGAGGCUGCCGAAUCAGAAAAGAGAUCGAGCCCUUCCUGCCCCCUCUGAAGCCCGACUACUGUGUGAAGCAGGCCAUGCGGGCCAUCCUUACCGACCAGCCCAUGAUCUGCACCCCACGCCUCAUGUACAUCGUGACCUUCAUGAAGAGCAUCCUUCCUUUCGAAGCAGUCGUGUGCAUGUACCGAUUUCUAGGAGCUGACAAGUGUAUGUACCCCUUCAUCGCGCAAAGGAAACAAGCCACAAACAAUAAUGAAGCAAAAAAUGGAAUCUAAGACUGCUUUGUACGGAGUGCCAUGUCGGUCAGGAUGGUCCGGUCUGUGCACAUCAGCAGUGCUGACGGUCUCUGGAUUCUAACCCCGUGUCAACUUUUUUUUUUCUAACCAACUUUUUAAAAAAUAAUAAAAUGUAAAUUAACUGA